AUGCUUGCCUCAUCAUCGUCCUCAGCGACUACCAAUGCAUCCACUGCCACUAUCUAUGCCAUUUGGGAUAGCUUCAAGAACAAACGCACAAACACAGAAUUGUACAGUGAGAAUGCAGUGGUCAUGUAUGUACCUACCUCUGUUGGUGUUCGAGGAAACACACACAUCCGCAAGUUCUUUUUGAAUCCUCAGUUCUCUGAAAAGGUCAAUUCGGUGCAGGAAAUUGUUUACAACACGGUAGCAUCCAAUAACAGAUUGAUUGAAGAGGCUACUUGGACAAUCCACUUUUAUACAGGUGUAUGCAAAUGGCUGGUGCCUCAAUUAGACGAGAGAUAUUUGAUGAAUGCAACCAUCAAGAUUCCUGUUACUACGUCAGUUGCCUUUGACAAGGCCGACAACAAGAUUGAAUCCAUUCGAUACACUUGGGAUCAGGCAUCUGUCUUGAAGCAAUUGAAGGUAAUUUCAGAGAAAGUACAAUGGCCAGUUAUUGGGGAGCAACAAAUUGAAGCACUUCGAUCUCCACAAACAAUUCGUUUAACUGGUCUAAAUGCUGAGGAGGUGAAUGUGGAUCAUCAUCAGACUCAAAAAGAGCAACAGCAAAAUCAAUUUAUGCCUGGCAGAAUUUUCGGCCCUGUUGAUCCCAAAGAUCAAGUGCGUAGCCCAGUGCGUCAUGCAGAGCCCAAUGCUCCUCCUGCUCGCAACAUAUUUACCUAUCAACCACCCACUGAACGUCCACUUGUUGCACCUACAAACAAGCUCAAUUCAUCCUUCUCCUUUACACACGAUGAUGGAAGCAGCACCAUCAACAAACUGAGCUCCACGUUAUCCAAUACAAACAUAUCGCAAUCCAAGAGCAUGCCUGCUGCUGGCAAAGUUACUCCCAAAAUCUCUCGUAACAUCAUUGGAUAA